UGCAAUUCCUACUGCGAUGGGACCAGCCAAUAUGCACGUAACUCGGACUUUACCAUCAUGUAUCUGGGUUUCCUUCGGAACCGUCGUGUUACUUUCAAAGGUACAUGUGUUAAUCCCGCAGGCUGUCCUUUUUCUUCUAGUUUCAAUAUUCCUCCUUCCGUCUUCCUCAAUUAAUCAGGUGAGAGCUUGAGUGUUUGAAUAGAGCUUUGAUCCCUCUCAUUGUCGUAUAUCAUUCUUUCAAGUCUUUGUCUUUUGGUUCAGCUGGGAACUCGACAUUGGAUUUCAUCCACACUUACCGCUAACACUAAUGUCUCUGCCUACUCCGGAUACACCCCGGCUCUGAUAUCUGGUAUUGCUAUUGUACCUGUCGAACAUGGAAGGAGAGCCCAGUUCUAUGCCCUCUACGAGCACGUCCGCCUACCGAAUGGUCACGACGGACAAUGCCACAGCUGCCGAUUCUGUUUCAUCGCCCGGGUCUCACUCUGUCACUAAUGACCCGGAAUCCAGUCACACACAACACCACAGUGUUUCCAGCUCGUCGUCAAGCACCGUUUCAACCGAGCACUCACCAAUAGACAGGACGGACUCGCGAUUUGAGCCAAUCAAAACAGCUCCCACUCAGGAAAGCCGACCGCAAUUAACCACAAGGAAGAGUAUUCAAACCGAAGAUGAUCUGUUCAGAGUUCUGUCUAAGCGGCGAACGAGCGCCUCUGGAAAGUCGAAUGCGGAGAUGCAAGAGGAAAAUGACGAGAUUGAACGGUUGAUGUCCCGAAUGUUCGGCCAAGCUCGGCAACAGAACAGCGAGGAAGAGAAGACUCGACACAGUGGCGUCGUCUUCCGGAACUUGACCGUGAAGGGUGUCGGGUUGGGUGCGAGCCUCCAGCCUACAGUCGGCGACAUUUUCCUUGGUUUGCCUCGCAUGAUCAAGAUGUUGUUCACGAGAGGCGCUAAAGCUGCGUCUGGAAAACCUCCUGUUCGAGAGCUUCUCAGUAGUUUCGACGGGUGCGUUCGACCCGGGGAGAUGUUACUGGUUCUAGGAAGGCCCGGCUCGGGUUGUUCAACCUUCCUCAAAGCAUUCUGCAAUCAGCGAGAAGGCUAUGAGUCCGUCGAAGGAGAUGUGACGUACGGUGGCACAGAUGCAAAGCGGAUGAAGAAAGACUUCCGGGGAGAAGUCAUCUACAACCCCGAGGAUGAUCUUCACUAUGCCACUCUGACGGUCAAACGUACCUUGCUGUUCGCUUUGAAAUGCAGGACUCCUGGGAAAGAAUCACGGUUAGAAGGAGAGUCUCGUGCGGACUACAUGGCAGAAUUCCUCCGCGUGGUCACUAAGUUGUUCUGGAUCGAACACACCCUGGGAACAAAGGUCGGUGACGAAUUUGUUCGCGGGGUCUCUGGAGGUGAAAAGAAGCGGGUCAGCAUUGCUGAAGCAAUGAUCACAAGAGCAUCGGUUCAAGGAUGGGAUAACUCGAGUCGUGGCCUUGACGCUAGUACCGCACUGGAAUACGUUCAGUCUAUCCGGACUCUGACUAACAUGGCUCAUACCUCGACUGCAGUCUCUCUUUACCAGGCUGGCGAAUCUCUGUACGAACUGGUGGAUAAAGUCCUCCUUAUCGACCAAGGAAAGUGUCUCUACUAUGGAUCCUCUGAUAGCGCCAGAAAAUACUUUCGCGAUCUGGGUUUCGAAUGUCCCGAACGAUGGACGACUGCCGAUUUCCUCACCUCUGUUACCGACGAACAUGCGAGAUCAAUACGCAAGGGCUGGGAGGAUCGCAUCCCUCGUAACGCGGAUGAAUUCGCUGCACUGUAUCGCAAAAGUGAGGCGUAUCAACGCAAUCUCGAAGAUAUCAGAGAUUUUGAAGCACAGCUUGAGCAGCAAAAGCAAGAACGUCUUGAGAAUAGGUCGAAGAAGAAUCAAAGAAAGAAUUACACCAUUCCAUUCCACAAGCAAGUCAUUGCUUGCACACAGCGCCAGUUUAUGGUCAUGGUGGGUGACAAGGCUUCUUUGUAUGGUAAAUGGGGAGGUAUUGUUUUCCAGGGUCUUAUCGUGGGCAGUCUGUUCUUUCAGCUGCCCAAAAGCGCCGCUGGUGCCUUUCCUCGCGGUGGUGUAAUAUUUUUUGUUCUUCUCUUCAAUGCUCUACUUGCUCUUGCAGAGAUGACGGCCGCCUUUUCAUCGAAACCGAUCCUACUUAAGCACAAAUCAUUCUCCUUCUACCGGCCUGCUGCCUACGCCAUCGCACAAACAGUCGUCGAUGUACCUCUUGUCGCCAUCCAGGUUUUCUUAUUCAAUGUCAUUAUCUAUUGGAUGGGAGGACUUGCUGCAUCGGCCUCACAGUUCUUCAUCUCGUGUCUCAUCAUUUGGACAGUAACCAUGACCACCUAUGCUUUCUUUAGAUCAAUCUCAGCUUUAUGUAAAACGCUCGAUGACGCUACCCGAUUUACUGGUGUUUCGAUACAAAUACUAGUCGUGUACACGGGCUAUCUAAUUCCUCCCGCUCAAAUGAAGCCGUGGUUCGCUUGGUUGCGGUUCUUGAAUUGGGUACAAUUCGGAUUUGAAAGCUUAAUGGCGAAUGAGUUUACUGGACUGACCAUGAGCUGUACACCACCAUACCUCGUUCCCCAAGGCCCGGAUGCUAGACCUCAAUAUCAAUCAUGCGCGUUGGCAGGAAGCCAGCCAGGGAGAACCUCAGUGGAUGGUGCCCGAUAUAUUCAGCAAUCAUUCAAAUACACUCGCGCCCACCUGUGGAGAAAUUUUGGUUUCCUCUGGGCAUUCUUUCUUUUCUUCCUUGCAGUCACGGCUUUUGGUAUGGAGAUCAUGAAACCAAAUGCUGGCGGUGGAGCCAUUACUGUUUUCAAACGUGGUCAAGUCCCUAAGAAGGUGGAAGAGUCAAUUCAGACCGGUGGGCGUGAGAAGAACAGCAACGGAGAUGAAGAGACAGCUACAGGUAGCCACAGCCCAACCGCCGCUGAGAAGAUCAGGGAUCCAACCAGCGACAGCAGCGACAGUACCAACUCCAGAAAAGAAGACUCGACCUUGAAAAAUGUCGCAAAGAAUGAGACUGUCUACACUUUCCGUGACGUCAACUAUGUGAUUCCCUACGAAAAGGGCGAGCGACAGUUACUACAAAAUGUCCAGGGUUACGUCCGUCCCGGAAAGCUCACUGCACUGAUGGGCGCAAGUGGAGCAGGCAAGACAACUUUGCUUAAUGCAUUAGCACAGCGUAUCAAGUUUGGAACCGUGACCGGCGAGUUUCUAGUUGACGGUCGACCAUUGCCCAAAUCCUUCCAGCGCGCCACUGGCUUCGCGGAACAGAUGGACGUCCACGAACCAACAUCUACUGUAAGGGAGGCAUUACGAUUCUCAGCCCUCCUACGACAACCACGAGAAGUGUCCGUGGAGGAAAAGUACGCCUAUUGCGAAACAAUCAUUGAUUUGCUGGAAAUGCGAGACAUUGCCGGUGCCACUAUCGGCCGUAUUGGUGAAGGUCUCAACCAAGAGCAGCGAAAACGUCUGACCAUCGGCGUCGAAUUGGCCAGUAAACCCGAGCUUCUUAUGUUCUUGGAUGAGCCAACUUCUGGCCUCGACUCUGGAGCCGCUUUCAAUAUCGUCAGAUUCCUACGGAAACUGGCCGACGCCGGACAAGCCAUCCUCUGCACCAUCCACCAGCCUUCUGCGGUCUUGUUCGAAGACUUUGAUGAACUCAUUCUGCUCAAAUCUGGUGGACGAGUGGUCUAUCAUGGACCUCUUGGCAACGAUUCGCAGGAUCUCAUCAGAUACUUUGAAGAGAAUGGCGGUCGGAAAUGCCCACCAGACGCGAAUCCAGCAGAAUAUAUGCUCGAAGUCAUCGGUGCAGGCGACCCGAAUUACAAAGGUAAAGACUGGGGGGAUGUCUGGGAACAAAGCAAAAACCAUAGAUCCCGAUCCGAUGAAGUCUCCGAGAUGAUCGAACGAAGGAAAAGCGCCGAACAGAGCCAGAACAUCAGAGACGACAGGGAAUAUGCGAUGCCACUCUCCACGCAAGUUGUCGCCGUGGUAAGGAGAUCAUUUGUCUCGUAUUGGGUAAGUUCGGACACUUCCAACCUAUGAUCAAUCCCCGAUAUAAUGUAACAUACCACGCAACGAUUGUAUUGUUUGUGAUAUGGUCCGAUGUUACAUGCCCGCACAAAGUCAUCGCCCAAGGUCAUUGAAAAGCGGAAAGGUCGUUGAUUGAGAUUCUCACUUACAUUACCCUGGCUGACACUUCUGUCUCCCUAGCGCACCCCAAACUACAUCAUCGGCAAAUUCAUGCUCCACGUCCUCACUGGUCUCUUUACGACGUUCACGUUCUACCACCUCGGAUACGCCACGAUCGAUUUCCAAUCUCGUCUCUUUGCCGUCUUCAUGACCCUCACCAUCUCGCCUCCCCUGAUCCAACAACUCCAACCGGUCUUUCUCAACUCUCGAAACAUCUUCCAGUCUCGCGAAAACAACGCAAAGAUCUACAGCUGGGUGGCGUGGACCACGGGUGCCGUCCUCGCCGAGAUUCCCUACUCCAUCGUCGCGGGAACGGUGUACUACUGCUGCUGGUGGUUCGGGUUCCAAGGCUACCGUCACUCCACGACGAGUUUCACUUCGGGCUUCUUGUACCUCUGUAUAUGCUUGUUCGAAUUGUACUAUGUCAGUUUCGGACAGGCUAUCGCCGCCUUCUCACCCAACGAGUUACUGGCCAGUCUGCUCGUGCCGGUUUUCUUCUUGUUCGUCGUGAGUUUCUGUGGUGUUGUUGUGCCACCACAACAACUGCCCGAGUUCUGGCGCUCCUGGAUGUACUGGCUUACACCCUUCCACUACCUGCUCGAAGCGAUGCUGAGUGUCAUUAUCCACGAUCAACCUGUACGCUGCAAUCAAGGCGAAUAUGCACGUUUUCCCGCUCCACCAGGUCAAACAUGUCAAUCAUACGUCGAACCCUACAUUCGUCAGGCGGGGGGUUACGUCCAAGUGGCAUCCGACGGGCUCUGCGAGUUUUGUCAGUACGCCAACGGUGACCAGUUCGGACACGGGUUCAGCGUGUACUAUUCACACAAGUGGCGCGACUUCGGCAUAUUUUGUGCAUUUGUCGGUUUCAAUUAUGCCGUCGUGUACUUUGCCACUUUUUUGAGGUUCAAGGCCAAGAACCCUUUGGCAAAGGUGUUGAUGAAGAGGAAGCAUAAGGGAGAGUAAGUAAUGUGGAUGACUUUGAUUUUGGGACUUGGAUAUCUAGAUGUUCGUCUCGCUGAGCGGGUCGGCUACGUCUUGAUGAUACACUCUGACCAUGCAUGAGUUCGGAAAGAAAUGAUUGAAGAAUCACUGGGCAGUUGUUAAGCCCCUUAUUGUAUACUAUACUAUUCACGAUUGAAGUACCACAAUCCACGGUGAUGUGGUAAUACUGGGCUGGAGUGGAGCAAAGUCUAGCUAGUUUCGACUACGGCAAGGCUGUGGAUGGAGGGGAAAGGAAAGGAACUUCUGGCCAAACGCGAGACACGUGUAUGUACUCAAUGUUGGAAUAAAUGUCCACUCUCG